AGUAAUAUCGCCGCACUCUGCAGUCUGCUCAGCCUGACGGCUUCUUCUUUGCGCCCCAUAAAGGAUAACUUUGAAAGGAAAUCCAGUUGGAGCGACGGGGAAACGCUCGUUUUACUCCAGAAUUACGCUGAUCCAAGCGGGAAAAGAACUUCAGCUGCAGUUUGAUUCGAGUUCGGGACAUUCAAGUAGAUUUUAUUCCCUUUUGCUCAGCGGUGAUGGUAGCUUUAAGGUGAUAUUUGAAAUCAUUUAGAAGUUGCGACAACCGCUGAGCUGUUCUCAAACUUUUUUAUGUGUCGUGGCUGGAUUAUCUUUGUGCUACUAAAAUAUUUGAGCGAUUUUUCCUUACUUCGGGGUCUGAACUAAUAGUUAAAGUAGUCUGUGGUGUUGAUGUAUUGUUUACACGCCGCUGAAAGUAUUCAAGUGUGCGGUCGAUCUCAGCGCAGAAAAGUCCAACCCCGCUCAGAGUUUGGAGAGCCCCAGCUUGUUGUUAGAUAAAUAUACCACCCUGAUGUUCCUCAGGAUGACACAUUGUGGGUUACUGAUAUAACGCUACAAUCAGCAGAGUUUAGAGGUUUUUUAUUUAAUCAGCGGAACACUUUUCGUCCUCUGCCCUUUUGCCUCCAUCCUUUGAGACCAGCGGCGUCUGGAGAAGAAAAAGAGACAGAAAACAACAACAAAACCCCCUGUUUUCCUCCUCAAAGUUUCUGAUACAACCCCAGUCAGGUGGCGCUGACCCAAGCUGUUGUGAUGCAUAUUCCCGUAGAGCCGCCCACCACUAGACGGUUCACACCGCCCUCCACGUCCUUCCCCUGCAGUAAGAUCGGAGACGGCAACGGGCCCAUGGCCACUGCGGGCCCCCUGAGGACGCGGCCAGACAACAGAAACGUGGUGGACGUCCUGGCGGACCACGCUGGAGAGCUAGUCCGGACCGACAGCCCCAACUUCCUCUGCUCCGUGCUGCCGUCGCACUGGCGGUGCAACAAGACGCUCCCCGUGGCUUUCAAGGUCGUAGCGCUCGGCGACGUUCCCGACGGGACACUGGUCACAGUCAUGGCCGGGAACGAUGAGAAUUACUCGGCCGAGCUGCGGAACGCCUCUGCGGUGAUGAAGAACCAGGUGGCCCGCUUCAACGACCUCCGCUUCGUGGGCAGGAGCGGACGAGGAAAGAGCUUCACCCUGACCAUCACCGUGUUCACUGGACCACCACAAGUGGCCACCUAUCACCGCGCCAUCAAAGUCACCGUGGACGGACCUCGGGAACCCCGCAGGCACAGAGUGAAGAUGGAAGACACCACGAAGAUGCAGUUCUCUGACCGGCUUUCAGAAAUCGAGCGCUACCAGCGAACUAUGCGGUUAGGCCCAGUGAACAACAAUCCACGCCCCAUCCACCAAACGCACCUCAGCACCACACAAGCUCUGUGGCCGGAGCAGAUGGAUACCUCCGCUCUGAAGACCUGUAAGGUGGAGGAGGAUCUGAGAUCAUGGCCAGGGACUACAGAUCUCUUCCAACAGAGGACUACCUUCUCAUCUCUGUCCCCACUGACAGACCCUCGCUUCUCAGAUCCCCGCAUGCAUUACCCGGGGGCCUUCCCAUACUCUGCCAACACCUCCAGCACCGGCAUCAGUGGCCUGAGCAUGUCAGCCUCCUCCAGAUACCACACCUACCUGCCACCCCCCUACUCAAACAACCAGUCUCAAAACUUCCAGUCCAACUCUUACCUGUAUUACGGCACGGGCUCAGGAUCCUACCAGUUCUCUAUGGUGGCGCCAGGGAACACUGGGGGCGAGCGCUCCCCCACCCGCCUCCUGUCAUGCUCGGGAGCCACGGGCACUGGAGGUACCAACAGCCUGAUGAACCCCGGCCUAAACACCCAGAGCGAGGGCGUGGAGGCUGAUGGCAGCCACAGCAACUCUCCGACAGCCAUGAGUGCUUCAGGUCGCUUGGAUGAGUCCGUCUGGAGACCAUAUUGACUGGAAGAGAGCUAGAAAAUUUGAAGAUUGGGAGAAGAGAGAGUUGAGAUGUGAAGCGAACGAUGAACAACAAAGCUGAAAACUGAAAGAAGAAAAAAAACAUAAAAAUGUUGCAUGUUUGCCUUUGUUUUCUCGCUUUAAAAACUUUUGCUUUUACUGUUUGAAGACAUUUUGUAAUUUCUGAGUAAACUCUUGCACUGCGCUGAAACCUGUACUCUCAAGACCUUCCAAAGCCAUACGAGUAGAGGUGACAUGCAGCGGAGACUGUAAAUAAUAGUUAGAAAGCCAUUGCAGUGAUGUAGACAGGUAAUCGAAGUCAAACGAACAACAGCGUGGAGGUACAAACAAUCAGUACGGCUGAUGAACUGAAAGCCACAGCAGACAUUCAUCAAACAGACUGCUCAGACUGAUCCAGCCCACUUGGCAGGUGGAGAAGAGAAGUCGGACUGGUUUUCUGCUCCAUGACUGACUCCUCGCCAAGCAUGGCUGCACUGCUGUAGCAAUCGGUCCCUUUAAGCUUUCAUUUGUGUAAAAAUUUGCAUCAGAUGUAAAAAUGUUAUCAUGAGCAUACAGGGCUGUUUCAUGUGCUCAGAGUACUUCUGCAGAACCUUUUGGUCUAUUUAUUUUCCACACAGAGACAUUAGCGUUUGGUUAGAGAGGAAAUGUCUCAGAACAAUUGCUGCAUUAUUGAGCGAGAAGCAUUUUCAUGUUUAAGAAAUGAAUUCUCUGCUGUUUUAUCAGUGUAUCGUGUUUCAGCAGGACAAUGAAUGAUAACUGAAGGAUUGUCAAAGACAAAAAUGGUGUGGUUUAUUUUAUGCAGAUAAGUUAAGUCCUGUUGUCUGUACUUUUUUUCUUUUCCAACUUCUCUAUUCAAGCUUUUUUCUGAAGUCCACGCCUGAAAUUAUAUUUUUUUUUAUUAUUUUAACUGGACAACAUGGUUUACUUUUGAUAUUUAUUUGAGCCAAACGUUGGGGAAAUGUAUACAAAUACCCCAAAUCCUUAAGCAUUUUUCUUUAAUUUUUUCCUUUUUUAUAAGCAUAUAAAUAGUAUAUAUACCAUGUUUGUUAAGUAUGAAUUUGGUUCAAGUUUUUGUAAUAUAUUGCAACUAAAUUAUGAAAAAAAAACUUUUAAUGUAAUUUUGUUGCCUUCCAAUGUAGCUUUGGUGCACUAAAACCUUUAUUCCAAAUGAAAUAUGCCCAAAAAGAUCCUAGAGCCAUGAUCUUUUAAACUAUUUACAAUUUGCCUUCCUGCGCUUACAAAAGAAAAAAAAGCUAUUUUUUGCACUAUUUUUUUUUUUACUUUCCUUACAUUUUGUUUGGUGAUUUGAAAGUGUGCAGAGCAAAAUAUGAAAUAGUCCUGCACAUGUUGUUCAAACAUGCUUCAAUUGUCCUUUUGAAAAAUACUUCACAGGUAAUAAUCCUGCAGCACAGGUGUGUCUGCAUAUUCCUACUUCCCUGAGGGCCUUUAUAAGGGGACAGAGCAACGAGGAGGGGUCCAGAGUGGGAUCUUCUUACCAAAACUGAGGGCAGUCUCUUUUCUGCACAGGUCCUUUUGUUCUGAGUAAUCAGUAAUCCUUUGAAGCAUUUGUGGUCAUGACUAUCCCUCUUGCUCUAAUUUACUGCUCAUGCUCCGGCGUUUGUUUACACGUCUGUGCAGAUCAUUUUCUCCUGUCCAGAUCUAAGGUAUUUACAACAGAUAUCAGGUGUCUGAUAGUUACAAGACUGUGGUAAUGACUCUGAGAGAUGGAUGUUCAGUUGCCACACUGCUUAGGUUUAAACUCAGAGUGAAGAGUCAUCCAAAGAUGCUUGCAUUUGGAGCUCAGGUGAAGACAUGUAUGCUAGAGGUUUUCCACUUUAUUCAGCGAAUGUUGUCUCAUUCAUACUAAGGAAAAGCAUGUUGUAUUUUCAUCCUCUGAAACCUCUACUUGGUAGAAAACCUCACAAAAUAAUCCUGCAGCUAGAGAAAUCACACAUUUGUGUGGCUACGUCCAGAAAAGAUCUACACAACUGCCUGUAAAACUGUUUAAAUGUUGAGAUUUGUGGCAACUCAUCUGUGUGUUGAAUGAACUUUAUUGUCCUUGUUUAUGCAAAACUAUGAAGCCAAAGUGUACAAGUCAGUCCUAUUUUGUAUGUUUAAUUAAAGAGCACAAUGUUCCAACAGUUUUCUUUAUAAAAGAACCCAAGUUUCAUUUUCAUUUUAAGUCAGGCUUCUCUCUUUGGUUCUAUCAAUGCUCAAAGCAUGUACAUCUGAAAGUGAUAUGUUAAUUUAAAAAACAUGUGUAUGUGCUGAAACCAUUACUGCUUCCAUAUGAGUGCUUGUAAAGUUUGCGGAUAAUGUAGUUUUUAAUCAUUUUAAUUAAAAAAAAGAUGCCUCA